AUGCCGAUCGGAAAACUUGAGCCGUUCAACAUUCAUGCUACACAGUGGCCGGAGUACAUACGACGGGUAAAACAGUGUAUUAUACUGAACGAAAUUAAAGAUGAACUGCAAGUACCUCUCUUAAUAACUGUGGUUGGUGAGGCAACGUAUUCUCUAAUGUGUGAUUUGUGCUCGCCGGUACAUCCCGAAUCAAAGACUUUCGAGGAUUUGGUGCAAUUGUUGACCGAACAUUUUGAACCUCAGCGGUCGGAAAUCGCCGAACGACACGUAUUUCGGUUGCGCAGACAACGACCAAGCGAGUCACUUACGGAGUACCUGCAUAAUUUAAAACAUCUCGCAACCACCUGUAACUUCGGGAAGGCGCUGGAGGAGAAUCUACGAGAUCAAUUCGUGUCCGGCCUAUCGAGUGAAGCGAUGCGAUCGCGGAUAUUUGCCGAGAAAAAUAUCAAAUACAAAGAGGCGGUCGAGCUGGCUCUGGCACUUGAGGCUGCAGAAAAGCACGCGGAGGUGAGCGCCGCCACAACAGCGAUGGCGUCUACCUCGGCCUCUGGCUUGGGCGGCGAGGUGAGCGAGGGCUUGCACCGGGCGAGCGCGCAACGAGCAGGCGCACGCGGCGGCAGCGGCGGCGGCGCGGCGGCCUGCUGGCGCUGCGGCAAGCAGCACCGGUCAGAUCGGUGUCGGUUUGCGCAAUAUAAUUGUGAUCAGUGCGGCCAACGGGGCCACCUUAAAGUAAUGUGUAAAAAGGUGUUCAGUGAAGUGCGCAGUGGGCUACGUACCGGAGCUCGAUCGUGUGGUCGACCAAAUUUGGUGAACCAGGUGGAUACGGAAGAAGAUGAGGACUGCUAUAACAUUAAGUUGUCGGCUAAAGGUACCAAACCAUAUUUCAUUAUAAUUAAUGUAGACGGUCAUCGUCUAGAGUGUGAGGUCGAUACGGGCAGCCGUAUUUCGGCUAUCAGUGCAGAUUUUUAUAAACGGUACUUUUCAAAUAAAUCAUUAAAUGUCGAUAACCUAAUAUUACGUUGCUACUCGGGCUCCCGUAUCGAAUCGCUAGGUUACAUUUAUGUCGAUGUACAACUGGGUGAGACUCGAGCUAAAAAUUUACAACUGUAUGUUAUUAAAAACGGAGGCCGUCCUUUGUUAGGUCGAGCAUGGAUGCACGCUCUAAAUAUAAGGCAAAUUAACUUUAAUGAAAUUGUUGAUGAUGCAUUCACGAGUCAAUUAUUGACUGAGUUUCCGGAGGUGUUUUCUGAUAAACUGGGUACUUGUAAAAAAACUAUUCAAUUAGAGCUGACGGAUAAGGAACCCGUGUAUGUUCGCGCGAGGCCCGUACCUCUCGCGUUGCGCGCGAGGGUUGAGCAAGAGCUCAUACGUCUCGAGCGAGAGGGCACUAUUUAUCGCGUCGAUCAUUCCGAAUAUGGUACGCCGAUAGUACCAGUUGUCAAGGAGUGUGGGGAUAUACGGAUAUGUGGGGAUUACAAAAUAACUAUUAACCCUAAACUAAAACGGGACUAUUAUCCUCUGCCCAGGAUUGAGGAAUUAUUUGCUUCCCUAAGUGGUGGAGUGAAAUUUUCGAAAAUUGACUUGAGACAUUCAUAUCAACAAGUGUUACUGAGCAAAGAUUCCCAACCAUACACUGCAAUAACUACACAUAUAGGAACAUUCGUAUAUCGCCGCACUCCCUUCGGUUUAUCCUGUAUUCCCGAAAAGUUUCAAAAACUUAUGGAAGAAACGCUGCGGGGUAUACCCGGGACAGUAGUAUUUUUGGAUGACAUUUGUGUUACAGGCCCGAAUGAAGAAUUACAUUUUAAAAAUCUAAAAACGGUAAUUGAACGGUUGCGUAAUAUGGGCUUAACAGUUAAAAUGAAUAAAUGUAGUUUUUUACAACCCAGGGUUAAGUACCUAGGUUUUAUAAUAGACAAAAAUGGGUUGCACCCGGAUCCGGAAAAAUUAGAGGCCAUCUGCAACUCACCGACUCCUAGUAAUAUAACUCAGUUAAAAAGUUUCCUUGGAUUAUUAAAUUACUACGGAAAAUUUAUUCAAAAUUUAAGCGUUCUGUUACAUCCUCUAUAUGAAUUAUUAAAAAAGGAAGUGAGUUGGAAAUGGGACUCAAAGUGUGAGCGGGCCUUUGCAGAGGCUAAGCGAGUGUUAACGAGUGACCGGGUGCUGGCUCAUUAUGAGGAGGGGCGUCCGCUCGUGCUGGCAGUGGACAGCAGCGCGUACGGUUUGGGUGCGGUGCUCGUGCAUCGCUACCCAGAUGGCAGUGAAAGGCCUGUCAGCUGUGUUUCACGAACUCUGAACACAGCUGAACGUAAUUAUAGUCAAUUAGAUAAAGAAGCGCUAGCUAUAUUUUAUGGGGUUACUAAACACCACCAGUAUUUAUACGGCAGGAGGUUCGUUUUGCGUACGGAUCACCAGCCGCUGAGCUAUAUAUUUGGGGUGCGAGGAGGUAUACCACAAACUGCUGCGAGCCGCUUACAGCGCUGGGCAGCCCGUCUUGCAGCCUAUGAUUUUUCCGUAGAAUUCGUGCCUUCAAAGAAUAACGGGCCGGCAAAUGCCUUAUCUCGCCUGCCGUUGCCUCACGAGCGGGGCCUUACUACGUCAGUGAGUUAUUUAAAUAUCGUAGAGGAGUGUAUGCCCGUAGAUUUUAAGGAAAUUAGUUAUGAAACAAAAAAAGAUAAUCUGUUAUGUAAAAUUUUAGGAUAUGUAAUGUUCGGUUGGCCGCCCGAGGCGAGAUGCGAAGAAGAAAAACCGUAUUUUGCGCGUAAGAGCGAGAUCACUACGGAUCUCGGUUGCUUACUAUUCAAGUAUAGACUUAUUAUACCUCCAAAACUACGUACACGAGUUUUGGAGGAGAUUCACGAUGGCCACUUAGGUGUUAAUAAAAUGAAAAAUUUGUCGAGAAACUACGUUUACUGGCCUAGUCUCGAUAAGGAUCUAGAGGAGGUAUGUCGAAAUUGCGAGCCAUGCCGGGUGGUCCGCGACGCGCCACCGCACGCUUCGAUUCACCCGUGGGAGUUUCCACUUCAGCCCUGGCAUCGUAUACAUGCGGAUUUCGCGGAAUAUGCUGGAAAAAAAUAUCUGGUCAUAGUGGACGCUCAUUCUAAAUGGAUUGAAGUGUCCACUAUGAAUAGUACAAAUGCACAAUCGACAAUCGCAGCUUUCAGAGCCAUCUUUUCCAGAUUCGGGCUUCCUUCGCAACUCGUCACGGACAACGGUCCACCUUUUUUAUCGCACGAUUUCAAAAAUUACUGUAAUAUGAAUUGUAUCAAACAUGUUACCACGGCACCCUACAGACCACAAGGUAAUGGCGCCGCGGAAAAUGCGGGCAAAACAAUUAAAAAAGUUAUUAAAAGGGCGGUUCACAAAGGUAAAAAUGUGACACAGGCUAUCAACAUAUUUUUAUUUAAGUAUCGGAAUUGCGAACACGCGAGUACAGGAGUGCCUCCCGCGGUCGCCUUGCUCGGGCGGCGGCUGCGCGGGCGCUUGGACGCGAUGCGCCCGGACGUUGCGAGCGUCGCGCGCGCCGCGCAGCAGCGCCAGGCGGCCGCGGCCGGCGGCACUCACCGCGACCACGACCUACAACCCGGUGAUCCCGUGCUGACUCGUGACUAUACCGCGAGGGGAGAAAAGUGGGCCGAGGGUAAAGUCGUGUGUAAAACGGGCCCAGUCUCAUGUAAGGUGAACAUUGGAAAGGGAAUUGAAUUACGUAGGCAUCUGGAUCAAGUAAUUCCAAUAAAAAAUAAAAAUAGAUAUUCCUUAACGCGCACAAGUCAGACAUCAAGGGAGGAGGAAUCCCAGGGUGAAGAUAGAAAUGGUAAUAAAACUGAUGUGGUCUGUAGUGAUGACGAGGGGGCUUGUUUCGAGGACGCGUCGGGUGGGCCGACAGCAUCGAGGACACGCGCGUCAGCGCCCUUCUCUGAACCUAUACAGUCCCCGACACUGACGCCGCCCGGACCCGACGCGUCUUCGCGAGCUUUGCGUGCUUUUAACCGUAAUAAGAGAAAUGCAAAGAUUUGA